AUGUUGCAGAGCAAAAACGACAAUCACGACAAGACUACCACUGCUGAUGAGGCAUAUGGCCAUGAUAUCGCUAAUCAAGUUGCUGAAGAAGGCGAGACCUAUGUGGAAGAAGAAUAUGCGAAUCCAGAUGACGCUGAGAUCAUUGACUAUCAUAGUAGCCAGCUCGUGGCAUACGAAGUCGAUAAUGAGGAUAAUGGGCAAGGUACAAGGCGGGUUGUACGAGUGGUAGAUGACAAUGGACAGAUGGUUCAAUAUUUGAACGAUGAAGAGUUACCUUGUGAAGCUUACGUACAGUACGUCGAUGAUGAGAAUGGACAGCAGAUCAUGCAACUCAUAGGAGAAGAUGGGGAACAUAUAGUUCAGUAUCUUGACACUGAAGAUAUGACCGAGGAAGAAGUCUUAGCCUAUCUGAAGUCGGAAACUUCAAGCGCUCCAAGUCUCAAGGAGGAAAAGCCUUCAGAAGUCAAGAAUGAGGAGCAACGCUCCAACGUCCCUAUGCGGAACUCAUCUAGUCCGAAUAAUAUGCCGGAAGACUUUAUGGAAGAGGUAAGUUAA